AUGCUCUGGUUUCAGCCCCGAAUUGUUCAAGCUCCAAACUGGGAUCACCAUUCGAGAUUAUGUGUGAUGUCUGACUAUGCAGUAGGAGCUGUGCUUGGCCAAAAGAUAGACAAGAAGCUCAAUGUCAUCUAUUAUGCAAGCAGAACCAUGGAUGAUGCUCAAUGCAAGUAUGCAACCACAGAGAAGGAGCUCCUUACUAUGGAUUCUUUGCUUCAGGAGUUUGUUGUAGACAAAAAGGGAGUGGAAAAUGGAGUUGCUGAUCACCUAUCUAGGAUGCGAGUUGAAGACAUAGUCCCCAUCAAUGACUCUAUGCCUGAAGAACAGCUUAUGGCAAUCAUGGUUUUGAAAGAAGGUUUUGAUGAGAAGGUCAGGCUAGAAGAAGUUAAGGCUCUGCGAGACGAAAACCUACCUUGGCACUACUAUUGGGAUGAGCCUUACUUGUACAAGAGAGGACCAAAUAGCAUUUACAGAAGAUGCAUAGCUGAAGAAGAUGUACAAGGAGUUCUAGAGCAUUGCCAUGGGUCUGCUUAUGGAGGUCACUUUGCCACAUUCAAAACCGCGACUAAGACUUCAUGGGACCUUUCAAGCCUUUCAAAUGGGACAACUUACAUUUUGGUGGCUGUGGACUAUGUCCAAAUGGAUAGAAGCCAUUCUUGCCCAGCUUGUGAUGCCAAGGUUGUUAUCAAGCUUUUCAGAACCAUUAUCUUUCCAAGAUAUGGCAUCCCAAGAGUUGUGAUCUCAGAUGGAGGUUCCCAUUUCAUCAACAAGGUGUUUGAAAAGUUGAUGAAGAACUAUGGAGUCAAGCACAAGGUAGCCACGCCCUACCAUCCUCAAACUAGUGGGCAAGUUGAGGUCUCCAACAGACAGAUAAAGGCCAUCCUUGAGAAGACGACCAUUCAAGGUUCAGAAGUUCUACCUUAUGGGUCUCUCACUUUGCUCAACAAGGAAGGGAAAGAGUUCACAGUGAAUGCCACAGAUGCAAGCCUUACUUGGGAGACCAAUGAGAUGAAGAUCAUAACUCCUCUUCAUGACCCCGCUCCUGCCUAA